GCCGGAACUUCACAGUGUGACACCCGGCGGAUGUGAACAAAGAAGCGUGAGCAAAGUUAGCUUCACUGCUGUGUGGACUGAGCUAUAAAACGGCUGUAUUAUAGUAUGAAUGAGAAAUAUCAGAGCGUUAAAGUAACGAUGUGUUCAGUUGAGUAUCUGAGAGAGUUGAUCAGUGACAGACUAGCUGCUGCUGCUGGAGAAAUAUUCACAGAGUUUGAAAAAACCAUCGUCCAGUACCAGGAGGAGAUCGAUCGUCAGCGCAGACUGCUGGAUGUCAUCUGGAAACCACACAUCCCCUUACAAACCAUAGAGCUCCCACAGUCUUAUGUCUGUGAAAAUGAGAAGACUGUCGUUGACCAUCAGCCCCAUGACCAGGAGAGAAACUCCAUGGUGGACCAUGAGGACCCAGAGCCUCUACGGAUUAAAGAUCAGCAGGAGGAACUCUGCACCAGUCAGGAGAAAGAGCAACUGGGAUUGAAACAGGAGACUGAUACCUUUGAGGUGACUCCUGCUCUUGACGAAAGUGACCACAGUGAACCAAAACCAAACAGUGAUCAGCUCCUGUUUCACAUCUCUUGUGCAGCUGAGAGCCCAGAUCAGGAAGGAAGCAAGGAUGUAGACUCAGGAUCAACUAGAUGUAUCGAGCUGAAACCAAGUCAUCAGAGUAACAGCAGUCACAGUAAUGAUGUAGACAAUGCUCCAACGUCAGAGAGACAGUGUGAUAAUGACAAGGCAAGAAAAUCUGUAACAUGUGAUGUCUGUGGAAAAGAUUUUAGGUAUAAAUCAGUUUUAAUCAUACAUCACAGAACCCACACAGGUGAGAAGCCGUAUUCUUGUGAAACCUGUGGAAAAAAAUUCAAUCAGCGGUCCCAUUUGACUGAUCACAUGAGACGUCACACAGGUGAGAAGCCAUAUGUUUGUAACACUUGUGGAAAAAGGUUUUCUCAAUCAUCAGUACAUAAUAGGCACAUGGCAAUUCACAAUGAGGAAAAGUCAUAUUCUUGUGGCACUUGUGGAAAAACCUUCAUUCAACGUUCCCAUUUGAUUGCCCACAUGAGAUGUCACACAGGUCAGAAGCCGUGUCCUUGUGGCACAUGUGGAAAAAGCUUCAAACAUAGUCAUCGAUUAAAAGUCCACAUGACAAUCCACACAGCUGAGAAGUCGUGAUCCUGAAACAUCUGUGGAAAACAUAAUGUCAGAACUAAGCUUGAAACAACAUGGAAGAAUUGGUACAGGUUAAAAGUAGAUGUUUUAGAUUUAAAGCACCUUUAGUCUGUGCUUCAACAACAAUUGUGAGGAAGUAUGUAAGCAAUCCUUGAUGAUUAGACCAGAUGGAGUCUGGACUGUGGUGGUGGUGGAGCAGGCAGAAGAACCAAACUGAAUGUCUGGAUGGAUAUGGUAUUGGUACAGACUGCUACAUUUCUGCUAUCAUGACAUCCUUCAUCAGCAGAGCAGUGAUUGGAGAUAUUGUGAAGCUGUUUGGAACAUUUUCACAUCCUGCUGAGAGAACAUGGCUGUUCAGGUGUGAACAUACUGCUGGAAUCCACUCAGCUUGAGCUCUGCUGUCUUUCAAGUAAAAGGAGGCGACGAGAUACUGAGACAUUGUGACAGUAGGACACAACAGAGUGUGUCACUGCAACAGAGGAGAUCUGGAUGUGAAAUAAAGUUGUAAUAAAACAUGUACAGCUCCA